GAGUGCUUUUGUCAUUCUGAUUUCCUUAAAAGAUUUUUCUCUUUUGGUGCAGUUCGUAGUUUUUCAUGUUGAUGAUAGUAAUGCUGCAGCUGUCACAGGGAAUACAUAUUUAUAGCUCCUAUGCAACUCUCUUAAUACUACUUAAACAAUUUUACUAGCAUAUUUACAUUUGUUUAAAAGAAAAUAUUUGCUAAGUCAUUCAGUACAAAGUUGCAUCAAAUACUAAUAUUAACUUUUUUUUUACUUUUACAAUUUUCCUGUUGUUCAUUGUCAUCUUACUGUUAUUGUGUCUGCAGUAGGUAUUGGGAAGCAGCUAUGCAGUCUUUGCAAGCCAGAAGGAAUGCAAGUGGAUGGCUGACUAUUAGAGCAGUUGACACUUUUAAAUAAGUACAUAUAGUGGUGAUUGUCAUUGGUUUUGUUGUGUGUUUUGUUUUGUUUUGUUUUUUUAAACAAAAACAUUUUUUGAGGUGAAGAGAACAUGAGGUGGGAGGAUUGUUAUCAGACCAAUAAUAAAAGAAUGGAAAAGGACAGACAUCUGCAGUUGGAUUGUCCAGCUGUACUGUUAGGAGGAUUUUUGGAAAAGAAGAGAAGAAGCCCCCAAAAUAUGGAUCACCGGCAUGGAAGUUAAAACCAGUGAAGAUCAUUUGAAAGUCCGUAAAAUGAAGAAGAAGGUAUUGAGGAAGCAGAUCAGAGCUCAGCAUACAUUGAUGAGACAUGAAGGCAUUGAGUGCAUCUCCCAUGCCACACAGAGCCUGGUUAUUGCCAAUGCUGGUCUUGGUAAUGGGAUGAGUAGACACCAACUGCUCAGGAUAGUAGAAGAAUAUGGAUUGGUGGAAACGCUCUUAAUGCCACCAAAUAAACCAUAUUCAUUUGUGAAAUAUGGGACAACAGAAGAAGCCAAGAAAGCUUUUGAUGCCCUUAAUGGAAAAGAAGUAACACUGGAAGACUUUGACCAAAAUAUCAUUCUAUACGUUAAUUUUGUGGAAAAAGUUUUGUGGCAGAAUGUUGUUCCUACAAGCUUGCCUCCAGGCCUAAUGAUCAUUGAAAAGAUUAUUUCUCCAGAGGAAGAAAGGAGGAUGUUGGAAAGUAUUGACUGGACAGGAGAUGAAGAUACUCGAAAUGCCCAGAAGACUUUAAAGUAUAGAAGAGUGAAACAUUUUGGAUAUGAGUUUUGCUAUGAUAACAACAAUGUUGAUAAAGACAAACCUUUACCUGGAGGUCUUCCUGAAAUUUGCAACCUAUUGUUGGAUAAAUGGUUGAAGCAGGGAUAUAUCAAACAUAAACCUGAUCAACUGACUGUAAAUCAGUAUGAACCUGGACAAGGAAUUCCUCCUCAUAUUGAUACACAUUCCGCUUUUGAGGAUGAAAUAAUCUCUCUCAGUUUAGGAGCCAAGAUUGUAAUGGAUUUCAAACACCCUGAUGGCCAUACAGUGGCAGUUAUGCUGCCCCGAUGCAGUUUAUUGGUGAUGGCUGGAGAAUCCAGAUACCUGUGGACACAUGGGAUUACACCCCGGAAAUAUGAUGUCAUUCAAGCAUCUGAGCUUGGGCAAAAAGUUAGAAAAAUCACUGCUGAUGUUGGAGAUUUAACACUAAACCGAAGGGAAACAAGGACCUCAUUUACAUUCAGGAAAGUGAGGAGGAGCCCUUGCAACUGCAUUUACCCAUCUGUCUGUGACAGCCAGAAAGGACAGCAAAGGCAGGAACAACCUUCAUUUCCCCACAGUCAGAUGGAGGCCUUGAAGCUGGAGCAAGAAUAUGUACACAAGGUGUAUGAAGAGAUUGCCACCCACUUCAGCAGUACCAGGCACAGCCCAUGGCCCCGAAUUGUUGAGUUUCUCAGGUCCCUACCAAAAGGGUCGAUAGUGGCUGAUGUUGGUUGUGGCAAUGGGAAAUACCUAGGCAUCAACAAGGAUUUGUACAUGGUUGGCUGUGAUCGCAGCAAAAACCUGGUGGAUAUUUGUGGAGAAAAAAAUUUCCAGGCUUUUGUCUGUGAUGCCCUGUCAGUGCCAAUCCUCAGUGGUUCUUGUGAUGCCUGCAUCUCUAUUGCUGUAAUCCACCAUUUCUCAACAGCAGAGCGGAGACUGGCUACUAUCCGUGAACUAGUGCGGCUUCUAAGACCUGGUGGAACAGCACUCAUUUAUGUCUGGGCAAUGGAACAAGAAUACAAAAACCAGAAGUCUAAAUACCUUAAGGAAAAGAAUGGUAGUGAAGACAAAGAGGAGGAAAUUGAUAGUGGCACAGCCCAGAGACCACUUUGUGAUCCAAUGCCUGAUAGCAGCAGCCAAGUCUUGGCACGUUCUGACCAACCCCUUAAUGACUCCAAGGAUGAAGGCUGUGAUGCAAAGCCAGUAGCGGAUUCCAGACUGCCUGUUCACACUAACCGAACCUCCUUUCACUCUCAAGAUUUGCUGGUUCCCUGGCACUUGAAAGGUGGCACUAAAAAGAAAGGGGAAGGUGUUGAUACAGUGCUGUUACCAGCUGGCUCCAAGGAAUCACAAGAACUCAGCCCUGUUUUCCACCGCUAUUACCAUGUGUUCCGUGAAGGGGAGCUGGAAGCAGUGUGCAGAACCCUGGAUUGCGUGAGGGUUCAAAAGAGUUACUAUGAUCAGGGAAACUGGUGUGUGGUUCUAGAAAAGUUGUAGCUUGUGAUGUUUCCUCCACCAUCUGUGGUGUUUUGUUUUUUUACAGCGUGAAAGGUAUUUUUAAUGCAGGCUGCAGCUAUUACCUCUUUUAAAAUAGCAGAAUAAAGAUUGUUUAUUGAGUUAAUAACA